UUCUGUUGCUGUAGGAUCCUGUGGUCCCGAGGGAAGUGUAUGUCAGAUGGUGGUGGCGCAGGCUCUCUAAACUGAACUAUGGCCGCUCUGCCGUUCUGAGGCUAACGGCAUCUCUCCUAGCUGCUUGACAUCAUCUCUUGGACUUACAGACCUGCACAGAACCUCAGCGGCUGCAGCAGAUAAUCAGGAUCCUCCAAGACCUGAGCUGGGUGUGUCAUAUAAGAGAGACGUCCAAAACAAGCAAGGCUCCUCCAAGACCAGGAUUGAAAGCCACUGAUGUAGAAACGCAAGCGGGACGUUUGAUGUGCACUUUGCGACUCAGUUUAGUUUAGGAUUACCAGCAGUCCACCCCGGGAGGAAUUCGGGUUUGAUUCAUGCGAAAGCAUCUCCAGCAGCCUCUUGGUGGUUUUGGGUUGCGAUGGCAUGCCCAAUAUUGCGUUGUCGAGGCGCAGAGAUGCUAUGUCAGUAGUGUAUCACGUGCCCACAAGCUCCCUGUCUCGCGCCUGUGUCUGAAGCACCGUCUGAGCCUCCUCCCUCCCUCAUCUCAGCGAGCAACGGCAGCACGAGAACAAUUCGAAUCAGCAAUCAUGCGGUCGCGCGGAGAAUACGCCCAUCUUCGCGCCUCCCUUCCUGAGCGAGGUCCUUAAAUGACCCACGAACACUAAGGAGCUCGGGCUUUCCCUGUCCGGAUCAUGGCAUGCGCCCCAUCCCGGACUUCCACACGCGCGGCGCCGAGGCUCGAGAGCAGUGAACAUGGGAAUCAGGUCCAGAAAUGCCACUAACGGUGCCGAGGACUCGCGCGAGCGGAAAAAAGCGCUGGCAGCAGACCUGGAGCAGUGCGCGGGACAGGAACGGGACGGCGCGCUGCUGCUCGUCGGCUCGGGCAGGGAACCGGACUUCAAACGGGGCUCGCAGAACAUCGGUCUGCUCGCUAAGACGCCCCUGGGCUACACGCGUCCCGUGAAGAGGAAUAAUAUUAGGAAGCGACGGAUUCAGAACCUCAUCUACGACGCGCUCGAGAGACCACGAGGAUGGGCGCUGCUCUACCACGCGUUUGUGUUUCUGAUUGUUUUGGGAUGCCUGAUUCUGUCCAUUUUAACAACGUUCAAAGAGCAUGAGAAAGAUUCGGCUCACUGGCUGGUGAUUCUGGAGACAUUCACAAUCUUUAUUUUUGGAGGCGAGUUUGCGUUGAGGAUAUGGGCCGCCGGCUGCUGCUGUCGAUACAAGGGCUGGAGAGGACGGCUCAAAUUCGCCCGCAAACCGCUGUGUGUCCUGGAUAUCUUUGUACUGAUUGCUUCGGUGCCGGUGGUUGCCGUACGAAACCAGGGAAAUGUGUUGGCCACGUCGCUGCGCAGCCUGCGCUUCCUGCAGAUCCUUCGAAUGCUACGAAUGGACCGCCGUGGAGGCACCUGGAAACUGCUGGGAUCUGCAAUAUACACACACAGCAAGGAGCUGAUUACAGCGUGGUACAUCGGCUUCCUGUCAUUGAUCCUGGCUUCCUUCCUGGUGUACCUGGUUGAGAAGGAUGAUGUCACUAUAGAGCCAUCAUACAGCGAGGGCCCCUCCCCAACUCCAGAGCCGCAGGACUUUGACACCUAUGCAGACGCCCUCUGGUGGGGACUGAUCACCUUGACAACUAUUGGUUACGGUGACAAGACCCCAAAGACGUGGGCGGGGCGUCUUCUGGCUGGGACCUUUGCUCUUAUCGGUGUGUCGUUUUUUGCUCUUCCAGCCGGUAUUCUUGGCUCUGGGUUGGCUCUGAAAGUUCAGGAACAGCACAGACAGAAACACUUUGAGAAACGUAGAAAUCCUGCGGCUUCAUUAAUACAGGCUGCAUGGAGAUACUACUCCACCAACCCCGUCAGAGACGAUCUCAUCGCCACAUGGAGAUUCUAUGAGACUGUGAUCUCUCUGCCAUGCUUCAGGAAGGAGCCUCUCGAGGUUAUGGCUAGUCAGAAGCUGAGUUUGUUGGAACGUCUGCGGCUGUCGACCCCGAGACCGUCGACGGUAAGGGCCCGUGUGAUGAUGCCUGCUGCCAAUCCUGAAAGUGUGUCGGGGAACUGCGGGCCAGCAGAGGCGGUUGAGGAGAGUCCAUCAAAAGAAGGCAAACCAGCGGGGUUCAGUAACAGAGAGAGAUUCAGAACUGCUUUCAGAAUGAAGGCCUACGCCCUGAGACAGAGCUCAGAGGAUACAGGUGGUCUGGCUGACCCCACUCCUGAGGAGAAGGGCUUCCCACCAGACAUACUGCUGGAGGAGAUGAUUCCAACUCUCAAAUUAGUCAUAAGAGCACUGCGAAUCAUAAUAUUCCUUCUGAGUAAGAAGCGUUUUAAGGAGACUCUAAGGCCAUAUGAUGUAAAGGAUGUGAUUGAGCAGUAUUCUGCAGGACAUCUGGACAUGCUCACCAGAAUCAAAUAUCUACAGACACGACUGGAUCUGAUACUGACACCAGGACCGCCUCUCACUCCAAAACACAAGAAACCCCAGAAAGCACCGUUUCCGUACCCCACCCAGCAGUCACCUAGACACGAGUCAUACCUUGCCAAAGCAAGCCUGCCAGAUCCCGAAGACCAAAGCAUGAUGGGUAGAUUUGUGCGGGUUGAGAGACAGGUGGAAGACAUGGAGAAGAAACUGGAUUUCCUGGUGGAUAUGCAUAUGCAACACGACCUCACGGGCCCCGGCCACAUUACCAUGGAGCGCUGCGACCCCACGUUGACCGUCAGCGUCGCAGGCGACCGCGUGUACUGCAGCUACGGCCCGCCGCCGCACAACACGCCGCAUUACACCCGCUCAGACGCCAACCCGCCCAGACCGACCGUCCUGCCCAUCAGCCCACUGCCAAGCCACUCCCCGUCCUCCACCGUCAGCCAAUCGGGAGGCCGUAGGGUGGGAACGCCGCUGUCGCUGCUGUCGGUCACUCACGAGGAGCUGGAACGCUCGCCCAGCGGAUUCAGCAUCUCCGCUGAGAAGGAGGAGGUCACGGGCAAGGCCUCGGGGUUAACGGCGGGGUCGAGCUGGGGCCGCGACCGGCGCUAUUUAGCCGAGGGCGAGACGGAUACAGACACUGAUCCCUUUACCCCCAGCGGACCUGUUCCACCGUCGUCUACCGGAGACGGGUUCCACUCCGAUGGAGCAUGGGGAACACCACCCUAAAGAUGCACUCACUCACACACACACACACACACACACACACACUUUCUUUCUAAAGACUACUACAGACUCUGUACAGCACAAAACGACACAGACAUAAUACUCGUCAUAUCUAAAUAUGUAUCCACGUCACGCUUUACCCCUGCAAAGCAAAGAGCACUGCAUGGAAUGCAUGCGUUUUAUCUCUAGUGGUAGACACUGCACUUGGCAGAUGGAGACUGUGUGGUUAUGUUUGACUGGGAACUUUGAGGGAGGAGAACAAAACAGAUGCUAUGCCAUUUUUGUAAACAUUUAUUUUUCUAUUUACACAUCUUUUCAUAUGCAUGGACUGCAUGACUCAUCCACGGAGCAGCUAAAUGUAUCGACGUCUCCUCCGGUUUGCACUCGCUUUCGUUUCAAAUGCUUGGGUUUGAGGGAGCUUCUUUCUCUGCACAUCUCGAGCUCGUUUUUUGUUCCUUUUGCAGAUUGUACAAAACCUUUUGACUCUGGUCAGCAUGAACUGCACUCUGGGAAAUGUCAUGUUUUCGCCACUAGCCGUUUAAGGACCAAAAGCAGAGCCUCAGUUAGGAAUUCCUCAAGUGUCUGGCCUUAAUCCAACCAAUGAGCACAUCUCGUCUGUGAGCAGCGCAGAAAACCGCAAGCUCAAUGAAUAUCGCCGCUGUACCCAGAGGUCACCGUACCCAUGAUAACUACAGUUUCUUUAUGGUAACCCUACAUCAAGCACACAGGGUGAGUUACCUGUGGGAAAGACAGCGGAAUAGUUUUUUAACACUGACCAGUUUACCUAUGAAAUUCCAAUAAUUAAUGGUUACACAUACUGAACUACGUUUUACUCCAAAACAAAUAUUUAGGUCUUCCAAAAGGUUUCACGUUGAACAGAUCCUGCGUAAAUCCAGUGUUCGAAAUGUUAAUUUCCUCUCUGGUCUUGUUCUAAAAUUAAUUUAAUCUGUAAUAUUAGUUCUUCCCCAGGUUAUUUUAGUAUCAUUCAACUUAGAUACCACUAUUUUUUUUAAUUUAAAAUUGUAUUUUUUUAUUUGUAUUUUUUUUUUGUCUGUGAUUAAUCACGAUUAAUCUAAAAUAAAAG